AUGGAACAUGGCGCGUGCAAUGUCAUCUACAUUGACCGGCGGGCCAACGACGAGCAUGUACGGAAAGAAACCUUGUCCAAGUCGCUAGUUGCAAGGACGGGCACACAGAAUGCAGGGCAGAGCUAUUUUGUUUUGGGCAAGACGUCACCCCCAGAGGUAACUGACAACGUGGAGGCGAUAUUGUCCAUGUGCAACGAAGUACAUAUCUGCGGCUCUGGCAGAUCAUGUCUAUCCAAGAUUGCCAGUAUUCUCGAAUCCACAAAAGCCAACGUACCUACCUUUGUCAUAAUAGACAUUCCAUACGACCAAGAGCAGCGGUUAAAACGACUGUCCCGUGAGCCUCGCACGCCUUCGCCCACCUCUUCGCUCUUGAGACGGACAGACACAACCGAGCCCGAUGACAUAUAUGCCAUGCAGCUGCUUACGCACAUCUCCUCGGAGAUCUCGUCAAGAAACUUCUCAAAACUCGUCGUUCCCGUCGUCAUGUUGACAGGGCUCGAUCACGAUGCCUUUUCGACGACGCUUUCUUCACCCGGCCUCCACCCGUCGCAUCCACUCACAGACACGCUUCGCUUGACUCGCUACCUGGAUGCCGGUGCCGUUGACGUCCUCGCAAGUCCACUGUCCAAGGAGCGUAUACGCGGUUUAAUAAUACAUGCGUACCGGUUACAGAAAGAGUGGACGCGCGAAGAAGCAAGCUUUCUGACCACUAAGAGGAAUCGGAAGUUGUCUUGGGUCGGCGUCGACGAUACGAAACCCUAUGCCUAUCUGCGUGAGGCUAUGGUGUCCAACCUGAUGACUGGCAUAUGUAACCCGGAAACGGUUGGAGAAUCGCUCGAGCCAAGGGACUUCGACCUCGAUGAUGACCGAAGAGCUGUUGUGGAGGAACGGGUAGGCACCUGGGCUUUUUCCGCGCACGACUGUACCGACGACGAGCUCGUCUAUGGCGCCCUGGUCAUGCUCAGACAUGCGCUACAGAUGCCAGAGUUGGAAAAGUGGGCCAUGACCGAAGAUGAAUUGAUCGUGUUCCUCUUGGCUAGCCGUACAGCGUACAACGAGUUCGUCAAGUAUCACAAUUUCCGCCAUGUCGUCGAUGUUCUACAAGCCCUCUUCCAUUUCUUGGUCCGAAUCGGCACGUUGCCUCCGUAUCCGUCGAACAGUACCUCCACGUCGACUCCAAAAUCCCCAAUAGCCGAGCUCCUCAAGCCUUUUGACGCACUCACACUGCUCAUUUCCGCCAUUGGACACGAUGUCGGCCAUCCGGGUGUUAACAACGCUUUCUUAGUCGCGCUAAACGCACCGUUAGCCCAACUCUACAACGAUCGCUCCGUACUUGAAUCGUUCCAUUGCGCCGCGUAUUCACAAAUCCUACGCCGAUAUUGGCCCGCAGCCUUCGCCGACGCCGCGAUGCGGAAGCUGAUGAUCAACAACAUCCUUGCGACCGACAUGGGCCUUCACUUCAAGUACAUGAGUGACUUGGGAAGCUUGCAGCAAAAGGUGGCUCACGAAAAUGGCGUUCUUGAUGCCUGGAGUGUCAAGGUGCAGGAAGAGCAAAAAGACUUGACAUGUGGUCUUCUCAUCAAAUGCGCCGACAUUUGCAACGUUGCGAGAAAAUUCGAGACCGCUGCUCAAUGGGCUAACAUUCUCACGGACGAAUUCAGUAAUCAAGGGCUCAUGGAAGAAGAAUUGCAAAUGCCAUCGUGCCUCUUUGGCGGCCCCCCUGUUCGGGACGACAUUAUCAAGCUCGGGGAGUCUCAGAUCGGCUUUAUGAACAUCUUCGCCCGACCACUUUUUGAAGCCGUUACCGAUAUCCUACCGGCAAUGCGCUUUGCCGUAGACGAGAUUUUGGCCAACAAGGCGGUCUGGGAGAAGAAGAUCGACGAGGAACGCCAGAAGAACAGAAAGAGACCCGAUUUGACUCUUGGCGUAUUGGCUCCAAGCUACUCUGUUGACCCGACCCCAAGCCCGCAUUCUAGAGGUCCAGCGAAGCCGGGUGCGAGUGUCCCCGCAUUACCGACCGUUCAGAAACCAACUCCAACCACCUCUCCAGGGGAAGCCGAUCGCCGCGGUUCUACUGGUUCAUCGCAGACUGCCUUGUCCGGGUCACAGCGAACAUCGAUAGUUGUUGAUAAAGGCUCGCGGCGGUCUUCGGCUACUGGUGUACCGGGACAACGAGCUUUGGUGUCGCGCGAGAAUCAGAGUUCGUCAAGACGAGGAAGUGGGGAUCCUAGUUUGACAGCGAUUCUUGUCACGCACACCCCAAACGCGUCUGACUCGACCCCAAUAGUAUCGUCCCCAUGCCCUGAGGAUCGCUCAAGAGGGGAUCGCAAAGACACGCUAACGAGCUCAUCUACCAAAAAGAAGGACAAGGACCUUGGCAGACCUGUCACGGCUCCUUCUCAAGCCAGACGUAGUCAUGUCGUCAAUCUCUAUCCAGUACCGCAACCAUCGUCGCAGAGUCAUUCUUCCCAGGUCGAUCUCUCCCAUCCUACCAACGGCAACUUCGAUGGCUCGAAAAUGCCACAGUGGGACAACAACAAAAUGAGUGGCGACAGCAAUGCCACACGAUCAGAUGCGUCUCGCAAUUCUAGUUGGUGGCGACAAAUGAGUUCUCGACGCGGGACGCGGGAUGUCAGAAAUGGCGACGCAGAUGGCCGGGCUUCCCAUAAGGAGGGUAUGCUCGACACUUUCCCCUCAAACACGGAUUCAACUACCACAUCACCUACCUCUACUAGUCCCGGCAGAAAGACCACGUCAGGCAAGAUUAAGAAUUUCUUCAAACGAAAACCUAGUGGCAGCCAUAAGGAGCAUGACAAGCAGCUUUCUAGCUAUGGCAGCUCCUCUCAACUUCGAACCCCGCAGACUAGUGACCCUGGGCGUUCACUGAACAGCGACGACUGA